UCUCCAACCUUCGUUUGAGAAGUGAGAUUCGUCACAAUAUUAAUUAGAAUCAGGCCGGCAGAGAGCCCCAGCAGCAUGGGGCAUCUCCACAUGAGGGGGGCAGCAGGAGUAGACGACACACGCGCGCCAUGACCGUUAGAGAGAGAGAGAAAAAAGAGCCUAGAUUGUUGGUAGUAUAUCACACACGCUGUGCAGACGAUACAUCAAAGCGCGGGAAAGGUUAAAUGCUCCGUCGGUGGAAUUAUAUACCAGGACAUAUUAAGCAGGGUUGUCGGCCGCACUAUGAAAUAUGAUGUUUCUUAAGCUCAUGCAGAUUCUGUGAAUAUAGAUAUCUAUGUAAUCUUUUCCUUCACUCUCAUGUUGUAGCGAUGCAUGUUGUGAAGUCUAAAAGUUUGGAAUAAGUAACUGCUACGUGCUUUACUAUUUCAUAUCCCAUCAUCAGCUAGGACGUUUACUUCCACCUUUUCUAUGCCAUAAUGGCAUUUUUGCCAUGUGAGGCGAUUCUUUCUAGCGUGUAUUCGCGUGUCAUCUUAAAACAUAAACAUUUGUUAACGUUACACGGGAAGAGUUCACUUUUUAACAAUUCGUCCAUUUAUGGCUAAAUGAAGUUGUGAUAACUCACAUGUAUCAAUCUGCUACCAACUUCCAAGGUUUCGCAAAGGAUGUUUACAGUGGAAAACGUCAUAUAACAAAGAUAGCAUCACGUGACUUAUCUAGAGGUGCCGUUGGGGUGUGAAGUACGGACUUUUAGACAAUGUGCAAUAUUUUCGGCAUGGUGAAACAGAAACUUUGCUUUACCCAAUAUCCCAAUUUCGGCGUAGUCUUCUCCAACCAUUUAAUGAUGAUAGAGCAUUCUGUUUGCAUCGCAAUAUAGCCGCUUCAUUACUUUAAUUAUAUAGGCUGCACACUUGAAAUGAAGAUACCUUGGAUGUAAAGAGGGAAACUAAAUUAUUAAUGAUGGUACUAUCUUCCUCGGGAGUGACGAAGCAUGAAGAGAAACUCGUGACAGGCGGAUUAUUAUUGUCGGGUUACAUAUGGAUAGGACACACGGAUCAUUCAUUUCGGAUUAUACAUGGACAGAAUGUCCGGGAAUCUGCAGAAGAACGCACUAAAACCUAUUCCAAAAGCCGAUUCUUUUUCUUGAACCAACAUAAUUUAUUGGAUUUAUCACGAGGAAGAGCCAAUGUUCUUCUCUCGCUCUAACCGUUAUUGACAUUGGGCACCGUUGAUAUGGUAUUAAACUCAUUGUGGCUACUGUACAUGAUAUGAUCAUAGUUGUGUCAUCAGGAACUAUAGUUUGAGAUUCGGCGGCAUGAACAAGGAUCUGCCCCACGAUCGCUUGUUGUUUUUCAUCAUGUUUCUUUUGUUAGUCUGUCUGACCAUCCCUGCUGUCUCAGCACAAGACAGCGUAAAUACCACACAGAAUUCUUCAAACAACUCUAACGCUACAGGAGGAGCCUCGGGGUCACGUGACCAUAUGAAUCUUCGUUCGGAUCUGUUUUCGAACGGUCGAUACGACAAGUCGAUUCGACCGGUCAAAAAUAUCUCCCAAACAACCCUCGUCGAGAUGCAAUUUUUCGUUGCCCAGGUCCUGGAUGUGGAUGAACGACUGGAGACUUUUAAAAUCAACGCCUGGUUGACCAUGGUAAGUGUUUGA